CUAGUUGACUUGCAGUGACUUGGUUUUGAGGAGCCUCUUUUAUCUUUGAUUUAUGGGAAUUAGUUCUCUGUCGAUCUCAUAGAUGGCGUAUUCCCGAGAUCAGAAAGAUGUUAACGCUGCACAAAGGCUAUUUUCAGGUGGAAGUCCAAAGGCAUCUAUUAACUCUUCUGGUAUAAACAAAUAUGAAGCCUUCAAAGAGGCCGUUGGGACUCACGUUCAAAUCAAGUUUCGUAAACACUACCAACGAAAAGAGAAGGUUACCGAAAAGAAUAUAGUCAUUCUGCAGGACAUUAAAGACGUAGCAAUAUUUUUGUGUAACAUCAGCCUUCUGACAUUGGAAUUCAUCAGCUACUUCCAUACUAAGGCAAUGGAUAAAUUCUUGCGUUCUUUGAUCAUUUACUUCCAGUAUUACUUCCAGGUUUGGAACAAAAUGCAGUUGCGUCGCAAGGAAGCAAAUCGCAAACUACGCCAACCUCUGGUGACUGUCCUCGAGGACGUGAUCAGAGAUGACUUAGCCGAUCUUCGUAGCAUGGUUGCCAGAGAUUACGCUGCAAUAUUAAUGGGAAUGGGAGACGCCAAAGAAUUUCAUCACCUUAAUAAGAAGAACAAUGUAUCGCUUUCUGACAAAGACAGGAGGCAUUUUGAAACGAUAAUUUUGCUGUCAGAGAGAGUUGUUUGGAUUGCGUUGAGGCGAAGAUAUUUGUCACUGAUUGAAAAAGAGAUGAACAGACUAUUCCGAACUGACACUUUCAAUCCUAUUGAGCAUGAUGACUUGAAAACUGCAGUAUACAAGGCGAAUCCUGAAGAACAACGAAUACUAAAAGGAAAAACUUGUAUCAGUGAACGAAAGCUUCUUCAGCGGUCGCCUGCGAUUCAAGAAAUUAUUUUAGAAAAUCACGACUACAAAAUGCUCGCCAUUGGCGUUACAGACGUGGGAAACUUGGAUGAAAGGCAACAGUUUUUGGAAGCAGCAUACGCUGCUCCUGAGGAACUACUGGAAAAUUUGCAAAUCGGAAUUGGAAUAUUAGGAAAACCUCGUAAAUUUUUUGAUCCUUUUCUGAAACCAAUGGAAAUAUCUACAACCAAGAAACGGGGCUCAGUCAUGAAACCCAUUCCUGAGUUUGUCAUACCUCCUAGAAGUGCAAUUCGUGAUCAAGAAUUACCUGAAACUCUCCCACGGAAACCUUGUAGAUAUAGUGAAACCAAAUCAUCAAAAGAAGCAAGAAAAAAUCAAUGCAAAAUUUGGAGACAAUAUGUUAAAUCAGAAGGCCAAGUUCCAACUACCACUCUCGAACUUCUAUCUAUGACCCCUUCAUUCAUGACAUUACGUACGAGAAGCAUUAAUGAAACAAGAAAAUUUUCGAAAACUUGAAAAAGGCCAACAGAACACAGAUGAAAUUUCCAUAGACAUUAUUAUGCAUACGUUUAUUAUGAUAAAUGAAUGAUGUUCCACAAGACACCUAUUUAGAUCCUUCAUAGUUUAUCACUUUUUAAAGAGAUAUAUAAGAAUUAAACGAAAUGAACUUUGGUGAAAUAAUUAGCCAUAGUUAAAGGCAUACUUAUAACAUCAAUCCAACAGAAGCUUUUUUGUCACAUCCCAGAACCAUGUUGGAGUUAUCAAGACCCACGUUUUUCAUGAAAUGCGUGUUGAGCAGUGCUACAGUUCUGGUGUGCAGUAGAAGUGUUUUUUGAUGGAUUAUGAAUAGUGAUGAGUCUGAAGUUUUUUAUUUGUAUCAAAUAUUAUUAUUUUAUAUUUUUAUCACAUUUACCAAAUAUUUGUAUGUUUUAUAUUUUUACAAUAAAAUUUGUAAUCUUCAUUAGCCUCCAUUGAACCCCUUGAACACCUGGAUAGCAAUAAGAA